GCAGCCAGUUCAAUAAAUUACCUCAGUCUAUUGUAACAUAUACACUAGCCAAUUGUAACAUAUAGAUCUGAUGGCAUCUACUGAAAACCCCGAUCCAGAAACCGGCAAAUCUGAACCGCUUCCCGCGUCGACUGAACCAUUACCACCAACACCACCACCACCGUCCUCACCCGCAGGUUUCCUAGAUUGUCGGAAAAUAGACAUCAUAAUAAGAGUUCUGCUUUUCUCAGCCACACUGACUGCUCUUAUAGUAAUGGUAACCAGCGACCAGACCGAGAUUACUCAGCUCCCUGGAGCUCCGUCUCCUGCUCCUGUCUCCGCCGAGUUCAGUGACUCGCCCGCUUUCAUAUACUUCGUGGUGGCUCUUGUGGUAGCUGGUUUCUACGCCUUACUCUCAACGAUCAUUUCCAUAUCUCUACUCUUACGACCUGAGUUCGCUGCACAAUUCAACAUUUACAUAUCCUCUAUCGACAUGGUGGUGCUUGGGAUUUUGGCGUCUGCGACGGGAACGGCGGGAGGAGUUGCGUACAUAGCGUUGAAAGGAAACGAAGAUAUUGGAUGGAACAAGAUUUGUAAUGUCUACGACAAGUUUUGUCGUUACAUUGCAACUUCGCUUGCCUUAUCUCUCUUUGCUUCUAUUCUGCUCCUUGUUUUAUCCAUUUGCUCUCUGUCCAAGAGAACAACAACAUGAACAAGUACUAAACCGCAAUUGCAAAAUCCUAUAAUCCUAUUCCUAACGUGUGCUUUGUUCACACGGGCGUGUUUGUGUAUGUGUAUUCUUUGUGUCUGAUUUGGUUUGCUCGUUAUAUGCUAUGUAUAUUUCUCUAUCUCACGGUGUUGUUGUAACUUUUGAUCAUAAGCAUGCGUUUCUGUCUGUUGGCUGUAUUCGUAGUUUAAAUCGAUGAAUCGUGUGAUUUCUCA